UGUCAAAGCCAUGUGAAUAUUAUUUGUUGACAUGGUUGACGAUUAAAAUAACCUAAAAAGUAAACUUAUUUUUAAUUUUCUGUACGAAUUUGCCUACUAAUACUUAAAAAUGGCUAAAGUUAAAAACAAGAGGAACGCUGGGAUGGCUGAUAGAGUUCAGAAUAAGAAAAAAGCUAACGCGAGCAAGAAAACGUUAAAUCCUUUUGAGGUUCAUAUAAAUAGGGAAAAACUUAAAGUUUUGGGCAAGAAAUCUAAACAUGAUAGAGGUUUGCCUGGUGUUUCGCGUGCGAAGGCUAUACAAAAGAGAAAGGAAACCCUUGGUACAGAAAUGAAGGUAAUGAACAAAACCAACACAUUCAUUGACCGUCGCAUCGGUGAGAAGAACAACCAGAUCUCAACCGAGGACCGCAUGGUGGCUAGAUUUGCUGCGGAGAGAGCCAAACAGCAUAGCAAGAAGAGUAUAUACAACCUGGCUGAUGAUGAGAUAUUGACUCACAGAGGCCAAACCUUGGAACAAAUAGAGAAGUUUGAUGAUCCCAGGUCAUCUGAUGAUGAAGAUGAAGAGAAGAAAUUUGGAGGUCUAGGAAAUGAUUUCGUAUCAGAAGGCCAUUUCGGCGGUGGAGUCUUAUCAAAAUCUGAGUCAAAAGAUGGCGCAAAAUCCCACAAAGACUUGAUAGAACAACUCAUAGCUGAAUCUAAGAAGAGAAAAGCAGAGAAGCAGAAAGAGAAAGAGCAUACUCUGGAUUUAACUGAGAAGCUGGAUUCAGAGUGGAAGGAUUUGCAACCAGUUGUAUUCAAGUGUCAGAAAGAGAAGGAAGAAUCGUUGAUAGAUAAGUUGUUGAGUAAAGAGGAAAAGGGACAGGACUAUGACAAGAUGAUGAGGGAGUUGAGAUUCGAGAAACGCGGAACGCCCUCAGACGGCCUCAAAAGCAAAGAGAAGCAAGAGGAAGAAGAAAGAAAAAAGAUAGAAGAGAUGGAGAGACAAAGACAGCAGAGGAUGUUUUCAGAGGAAGAACUUGCUAUAUCCAAAGCACCUACGUCAAAACAUAGGUCCGCAGAUGAUUUGGACGAUAAUUUUGAACUGGAUAAUACUCAAGACUUCAUGCUUGCGUAUGACAAAGACGGCAAACCCUUAGUGCCUGAACAUAUUCUUAAAGAUUUCUCAGUACCAAACGCAAAAAAGAAAUUUGAAGACGGCGUAUCUGAUAGUUCUGGUGAUGAAGCUGAAACUGAAUCUGGUGAUGAAAGUGAUGAUGAAGAGGGUGAUCAAGAAAAUGAUGACAAUUCUGAUAACGAUGAAUCUAGUAAGAAAGCUGAACUUGGUCUAGAAGAUAGCGAUGAUGGUAGUUCCGGUGAUGACAGUGGUGAAAUAUCGAAAAAAAAUAUAAAAAAUAAAACUAAUCAGAACAAAAGUAAUGAUUCUCGUAAUAAAAUACAAACUAACCAUAAAGAUAAUGAUGACGACAGCUCUCGUGGUGACGAAAGUGAUGAAAUUUCGAGUAAAGGACUUAAAAUGAAUGUCAUUGAAAACAAAUGUAUUAAAGAAACAGACAGUGAAACAUCUGAUGAUGAAAGUGAUACAAAACAGAAUACAACAGCAAAUGAUAAAAUUAAAGUUAUAAUAACUGAGAAUAAUAGUGAUCCAUCGAUAAAUAAUAAAUCGAAAAAGGUUACACCAAACAAAAAAGAUAAUUUAAAACGUAAACAAUCUGAAUCAGAUGAAGAAAGCGAAUCUAUUUCAGAGGUAGAGUUUGAAGGUUUCAGUGAAAAUCAAAUAAAAAGUGAUAUAAAGAAACCUAAAUUACUUAAUCCUGAAUAUUUUCACUCCAAAAAUGAUGCUUCAAAUAUAGAGACGCAAGUAGAAAGUUGCAAAAAGAAAUCAACACUUCUGUAUCCCGAUUAUUUUCCUCCCAAAAAUGAUGAUAAUACGCCAAAAAUGGAAGCAGGCAGUGACAAAAAUAAAUCAAAGCUACUUUAUCCUGAUUAUUUUCCUCCAAAGAAUGAUAAUAAAAUAUCAGGAAAUGAGAAAACAAUGGCGAAAAAUGAUAAAAAGAAUUCAGUGGAUGAAGAAAAUGAUUCGCAAAGUUCAGAAGAAGAAGAUAGCAAUAUAGAUCAAUUCAAAGAUCUGAAGGAGACAGAUGAAUCGAAUGAUGAGCUAGACGACUGUAGUGAAAGGAUAGGAUCUUUCUUUGAUUUUAAAUCAGCUGAAGGAGCUAAUUUGAAGGAAUUAUUAUCGGGCAAAACGCCUGCCCAACAAUCGGCAGCUUUAGACAAACUAAUAAAAAGUUACGACCCAAGUCUAGGCGAAUCCAAUAAAGAACACUUGAGUCGAUUAUACGCACACCUAUUGCAAUACACCCACGAUCUAUUCUCAAAUCUAAAAACUGAAUCGGACAUAAUUAAAUCGUUUUUAGUUUUAAAUAAAAUAGUCCCAUACUUUUACGAUCUAAUACACCUAAAUAAAGUUUCAACUAAAAAGUUUCUAGUCGAAUUAUUAAAGGAAAAACAUGAUCAAUUCAAACAUAAGCCCAAAAAAAUACCAGAUUUAGACACGUUAGUGUUUUUCAAAUUAGUCUCCAUUUUGUAUCCCACUUCUGAUUUUAGACAUCCUGUCACAACGCCAUCUUUGAUUUUUAUGACUGAAAUCCUAAGUUUGUCUAGAUUUAGAGAUGCAUAUUCGGUUUCUAGAGGAUUUUUUAUAGUUAGUCUUAUUUUAGAAUAUAUUGUUUUAUCUAAAAGAUACGUGCCGGAGGCUUUAAAUUUUUUACGCGGGAUUUUUUAUCUGUGUGCUAAUACAUCCGUUUUGAAUCCCGUUCAAAUCGUCCCGCCAUUUCGUUUGCAUAGAGACGUCAAAAUUUUGAAUUUAGAACACGACUGUUCGGAAAUGGCGGUCGAAGAAAAAAUGGCGGCAAAAGACUUGUUGCGUACAGAAAUCGAUGAUUCUUACAAAAUUCGUUGUUUAUUAACUUCUACAUUAAUGUUAAAGGAGUUUUUUGAUAAUUAUAAUGAUUUUGAAGCUUUGGCAGCCAUUUUUGAGCCUCAUAUACAGUUAUUAGAUAGGGUUGAUUUAGAAUUAUACCCGAGUAAAGUUAGUGGGAAGGUUUCGGAGGUAUUGCAGUAUAUGAAACAGACGUUGGAAGUGAAGACGUACACACAAAUGGCGAGAGAGAAAGUCAGGCCGAAAGCUCUGAGAUUGUAUGAACCAGAUAUUCAGGAUGUAUUCACCGGCAGCAAGAGUUCUAACAUGUCUCGAGAGAACGCUGAUAGAGCUCGACUGAAGGGCAAAUACAAGAGAGAGAUGAAGGGAGCUCUGAGAGAGAUCAGAAGAGAUAAGGCCUACAUCGCCUCGGUGAAGAUACGACAGAAGAUCCAGAGCGACAACAUAAGGAAAGAGAAGGUGAAACAGAUAUACAAGGACGCAUCCAUACAACAGGGGGAGUUGAAUAAACUUAAACGCGGCAAAUGAUAAUACAAUCAACUUUCUAAUGUUCGUUUAAUGUAAAUAUUGUUGUAUACUUAUUACAAUGCAUUAAUGAUUAUAUUGUUAAAA